CGGGGUAGAGAGCAGAACCCGGAAGCUGCUAAGGGUGCCGGGGAAGACAACUGCCAGAAAUUCGGAUCACAUUUUCAUCACAUAACUGGUGAAUGAACCCAGCUGGUCUAUAUGUGCAGCCCAAACUGCUGGAAGAAUGACAGAUGACAAGGAUGUACUGCGAGAUGUCUGGUCCGGGCGAAUCCCGACAUGCUUCACGUUAUACCAGGAUGAACUCACUGAAAGGGAAGCUGAACCUUAUUAUCUGCUCCUGCCUCGUGUGAGCUACCUGACCCUGGUAACUGAUAAAGUGAAAAAACACUUUCAGAAAGUUAUGAGGACAGAAGACAUAAGUGAGAUUUGGUUUGAAUUUGAAGACAUUCCUCUGAAAUGGCAUUACCCAAUUGGCUUACUUUUUGAUCUGCAUGCGUCAAACACAUACCUCCCAUGGAGCAUCACUGUCCACUUUAAGAAUUUUCCAUCAAAAGACCUUUUACAUUGCCAGUCCAAAGAUGUGAUUGAAGCACACUUUAUGUCAUCUGUGAAGGAAGCUGAUGUUUUGAAGCACAAAAGUCAAGUCAUAAAUGAAAUGCAGAAGAAAGACCACAAACAACUGUGGAUGGGUUUACAGAAUGAUAAGUUUGACCAGUUUUGGGCAAUAAAUCGAAAACUUAUGGAAUAUUCGCCAGAAGACAGAGGCUUUCGUUACAUACCCUUUCGAAUAUAUCAGGCAAUCAGUGAGCGUCCUUUUGUGCAAAAGCUAUUUCGGCCAUUUGCCAAUGAUGGAAAGCCUCAUACGCUUGGUGAUUUAAUAAAGGAAGUUUGUCCUGCAGCAGUUACACCUGAAGAUGGAGAGAAGAAAUAUCAGGUGAUGAUCCACGGCAUUGAACCUUUGUUGGAGACCCCAUUGCAAUGGCUUAGUGAACAUUUCAGCUAUCCAGACAACUUCCUCCACAUAGCUGUCAUUCCCCAACCCACUGACUGAAGGGCACGUGAUAUACAGAAGCAAAAAAGACCCUCUGACAUGGACAGGAUGUUCCAAGAUCACUUCACUGGCCUUGGGUUGCCAGGGGCCACUUUUCAGAGAACAAGAAGACAGCUUGUCCUUGCAACUCCUUGCAGGCUAUUGCUCUGCAACAACUUGAGCUUUGUCUCCAAUGGAGAAUCUGCUGAAGGCAUUCUGUUGAGUUGUAGCCAAAAAAAGACAUGCCCAAUGUGGGAAUGUGCCUCUCCUGUCUUCUAGUUUGUGGUAACAAAUGUGCUCAAAUAUUAUCCCCACUGACCUCCUGUGUGUGGUUAAGGUUUAGCAUUAAAGGGAAAAAAAAUAUCUUUGGCCUGGUAUGGUAAUACAGAAGUCAGUACUGAAAACGGCACUAAAUGUGUGUUCCAGCUUUACUAAACAUUCAGUUCCAAUAAAGCUGUUCAGUGCUGGUGGAGUACUUGUUUACAAUACAAUUCGAGGUCUAAUAGAGCAUGAGCGACAGAAAACGUCAUCAUCUGUAAAAUAACCUAGAAUGCAAGACUUAUCCGAGCCAACAGUAAUAUCCAUUUAAGCCUGUGAAAACAUAAUGGACUACUUUUUUUUAUGACAGCAGUUUAUGGUAACAAUCUAUAAUCAGUAAAGUGAAACAUGUAAAAGAACAGUACAACAAAAUCUUCAGUUAUCAUUUAUUAAAUGCUAUAGUAUUUCUUUGCAAAUCUGUAUAUUUAUGGUAUGCUGCCAUAUAGGUGAAUUUUUUUUUUUUUUUUUUUGUUGAAGUGUAGAAAGAAGUAUUUGUUAUUUUUUGAUGCAGCUUCAGAUUAAUCUUGAAACCAUGUAGAUCAGAAUGCCUUGUGCAAGUGUUUAUUGGUGGUUGCUGUUGGUUGGAGGCAAUAGGCCAAUAAACAUUGCCCUUCAGGAGAUUAUAGACCUGAUGGCUUAGUUGAACACCUAAUGCACACUCAUGAAGUCUGGUCAUGAAAAUUGAUUGCCCUACAAUUAAAAUAUGAGAAUUAGUCAACCUUGUGUAAUAUGAAUUUCUACAUAUCCAUGAUCAUUUUUUUCAUUUACUGUAUAUAUAAUCCCUUAGAUGGAAUAUGCAGUCAUUUGUGCUUUCAUUUUCUGCUAAAAAGCAGAUAUACAUUAAAUGGGAUGUCCAGGAUUGAAAAAAAAAUGAUCUGCUUGCACAUGCGAUUUUUCCGGUGUUGAAGGUCUAUCCCUCUCACUUUAGCUGGGAUGAGUUGCAAUACCAGAUAGAGCUCAUGGACUAGAUUGGCUCUGUUUCUAGGGGAAAAUGCUGAUCAUGUUUUCUAAUCCCAGACAAACCCUUUAAAAAGAUGAGCCACCUACAAUCCACCAUUUUUCUUCCAUCUUUUAUCAUAUAAAAAAAAAUCUAACUUAUAAACUGUGACACAGUUGCCCAUGGGAACAAUGAACUGACCUUGUUUGCCCUUAUAUUAAAGAAUGUGAUCCUAGCUGCAGUUGCACCUGCACAUUUUGGGGGUCAUUUCUGUUGCACGUCAUGGUGUGGCAGAAUCUGUGACUUCUUCCCUGCUCAGGCCAGGUCUAAAGUGGGCGUGAUGGGGAAGUGGACAGGCCGUCUCAUUCAUCAUUUUCUACACCUGUUUAAGGCCUCAUGCACACGGCCGUUGUUUUGAUCUGCAUCUGAGCCGCAGUUUUGGCGGCUUGAAUGCGGACCCAUUCACUUCAAUGGGGC